AUGCUACAGCUCAUGCGGGACGAUGGUCUUCUCGAAGAUGGCGGGGAGAUCUACUGCGACAUGAACGACAACGAGAAAGCCUCUGACAAUGUACAGCAGGCAGCCGAGGCUACUGGGAUAGAUUUUGACGGCGUUUUUAGUCCACACGAAGGUGUUAUGACGCUGGUUGGUGAUCUGUGCGAGCGUAUGAAGUUGCCUGGUAACUGCGCCGAAGCGUACUAUAUGGCCAGAGAUAAGAAGCUCGGCCGAGAAGCGUGUGUGCGCGCCGGUGUACCAUCGCCUCGGUUUGAGGCGAUAUAUAAACGAGAUGAUAUAGACGCCGUCGUUGAGAGGGUUGGUUUGCCUCUGGUAAUGAAGCCCUCGUCGGGUGCGGGCAGUGACGGUGUCUUCAAGUGUUCGUCCAUGGAGGAAGUGUACACCAACUACGACCGUGUGAUCAAAGAGAUGAGCGAGAACGACACCUUCCUCAUCAAUGCAGGGCUCACCAUCCUGCUGAUAGUCGAGGAAUACAUCGACGGCGACGAGUUUGAUGUGGACGUGCUCAUGUACGAUGGUGAGGCUGUUUAUGCGAAUAUUAUCGAUAACUGGCCGACGAUGGAGCCCACUUUCCUGGAAACGGGCAGCAACUGCCCUACCUCGUAUGGACCCAAGGAAGCCCAGCAGCUCAAGGACUACGCAGUGGACUGUGUCCGGGCUAUGAAGUUCAAGCAGGGAUGCUUCCAUGUGGAAGUGAAGUACUCGCGCAAAGAGACGCGGUUACAGAAGGAUGCCGACGGUGACGUGCUGGGCACGCCGUUGCUGAUCGAGGUCAAUCCUCGCAUGGGGGUGGGUGCGCUGUUCUGUUGUGGCGUGAGUUUUAUCAGUCAGAAA